GGUGGGGAGGCCCUGGUGCUUAGGACACAAAGGGGUGCCGUUAGAGACAGGCUUUGGAGGACUCAACUCAUUGCACAGACUGCCUGGGCUGGACGCUACAUGCCAGGGAGACUGGAUGGUAGAAAAGGAACGAACGUUUGAAAAUCAUGGCUGGCACUCAGGGGUGCGCUGGUUCUGCUGACUCCUCUCUGAUGUGUCCUGACAGUAGAGCCUGGAGCCUGGCCCACGGGUGGGCCUGGAUGGGGCAUGUGAUGUCUAGUGCACUGAUGGGGAACCAGCAGUUCAGCAAGCCUGGACUGGGGUGGCUGAAGCUCCACUAGGAGCUACAAAGUGGACACUUGUGACCUAGAGCCAUCCUCCCCUCCUCUGGGUCCCGCAGCCUGGGGGUGGAGCAGAGUAGUGCUGGUAGGUGCCCCGACCCAGGAGCCCCAGUGACCACAGUCCUGUACUGCCCAGACUUAAGACCCCAGGCCUAGAGCCUCUGAGGUUGGCAGGGUGUUGGGUUAGGAGGAUUCAACCCUGGCAGCUUGGGGGGUGCUGGGCCGCGGAAGGGCGGGGAGAGGCGGCCCCUUGGCCUCAGCUGCCCUUCUGGAGAAAGGGGACAGGGCGCGCGCACGCAGCUCCCUUCUGAUCUCGGCGGCCCGAGGGAGCGCGGUUCCAUCGCAGCUGCUCACCCCAAGUUUUGGUUCCCCAAACACGCUCCUUCCAAGCCCCGUCACACCCAGUGAUUAGCGCAUUGCUGGCGGUUGUGUCGCCUCUCGUGGUGCAGCCCACUUGGCUCGCUGCCUGGCGCACCGGCCGGGGUUAGGGCCGACCAGCCCGCGGGGGAGGCAGCGGGCGGCGGGCGGGACGCGCGGUGGGACGGACGGCCGGGGUCAGCCGAUCCGGCUGGGCGGAUGCCUAUAAAUCUGCCGGCGACUAAGAGGCUCAUGGGACGCAGCGGCUAGCGGCUUGAGGCGGGCCAGGUGGGUGGUACCAGGCAUCCGUGUUUCUCUGCCCGACAUCCCCGCCCACUGGCUGUGGCCAUGGAACAGGAGAAGAACAGCCUGAGCAGGGAGCUGAGCCCAGACUUGGCCCCGUACUGCUGCGCAGCAUGCCAUGUGGAUGAGGACUGGAGCCACAGCCAUCCUAUCCGGGGCCGGGCAAAAUCCCGCAGCCUGUCUGCCUCCCCCGCCCUGGGGAGCACCAAGGAGUUCAGGAGGACCCGCUCCCUGCAUGGGCCGUGCCCGGUGACCACUUUUGGACCAAAGGCCUGUGUGCUGCAGAACCCCCAGACCAUCAUGCACAUCCAGGACCCUGCGAGCCAGAGGCUGACAUGGAACAAGGCUCCGAAGAGCGUCCUUGUCAUCAAGAAGAUCUGCGAUGCCAGCCUGCUGCAGCCCUUCAAGGAGCUCUGUAUGUACCUCAUGGAGGAGAACAACAUGAUCGUGUAUGUGGAAAAGAAAGUUCUGGAAGACCCUGCUAUCGUGAGUGACGAGAACUUUGGACCAGUGAAGAAGAAAUUCUGCACUUUCAGAGAAGAUUAUGAUGACAUUUCCAAUCAAAUCGACUUCAUCAUCUGCCUGGGUGGGGAUGGGACCCUGCUGUACGCCUCAUCCCUCUUCCAGAUCACAGGCUGGAGCUGCUGUGAAGACGUGUUCUGUACGGUAGACAGGAGUUGUUUUUCCGUAGAAGGCACAGAAAUGUUGGUCUCGGUUUGGGGAAGGCAGGGUCCCUGUUCGGGCAAAGUCUCCGCCUGCUCCAUGGGGCCGCCUGACCUCAGCCAGCUUUCCGGCAUCCUAGGGAAUGCAGCCAUCGUCCUCCGGAGCCGGCUCAAAGUCCGGGUCGUGAAGGAGCUCAGAGGGAAGAAGGCAGCAGCUCCAAACGGUGUCAGAGAAAACGGUUCUCUGGCCCCGGACGCUGAGGUCGGGAAGCAGGUCAUGCAGUACCAGGUCCUGAACGAGGUGGUGAUUGACAGAGGCCCUUCCUCCUACCUCUCUAACGUGGACGUCUACCUGGAUGGACACCUCAUCACCACAGUGCAGGGUGACGGAGUGAUCGUGUCCACCCCGACCGGAAGCACAGCGUACGCGGCUGCGGCCGGAGCCUCCAUGAUCCACCCCAACGUGCCGGCCAUCAUGAUCACCCCCAUUUGCCCACACUCGCUGUCCUUCCGGCCCAUUGUGGUCCCUGCCGGAGUGGAGCUCAAGAUCACAUUGUCCCCAGAAGCCAGGAACACUGCGUGGGUUUCAUUUGAUGGACGGAAGAGACAAGAGAUCCGCCAUGGGGACAGUAUCAGCAUCACCACGUCCUGCUACCCGCUGCCCUCCAUCUGCGUCCAAGACCCCGUGAGAGACUGGUUUGAGAGCCUGGCUCAGUGUCUGCACUGGAAUGUGCGCAAGAAGCAGACCCACUUCACAGAGGAGGAAGAAGAGGAGGGCGGGGAGGAGCAGGGCUAGGCCUCAGCACGCAGCUUCCAGACUUGCGGGAUGGACAGCCCGACCCUCCUAGCAUCUGCAUCUUCGUCUCCUUCCUUCCACCUGCCCCUUGGGAACAGCCAUCUAUGUAUCUGUGGGUGUGUGUUCUAGAAUGUCACGGCCCAGAUCAUGUCCUUCCCACCUAUGGCCAAAGGAAGAAUGGGAACCUACCUUUUUUCAGCCAGAUCACCUGUUUUUAACAUAAAUUUGACUAUUUUUUGCAUUUCUAGUCAAACUGAGGCACAGGCGGGGUCUCAGUGUCGCCACACGCAUACACGCGCUGGCUGUGUCUGAGCUGUGGCCCCAGGUCAGGGGCCGUGUGUCGCCACCGACGUCACAUGCCCAUCCUUAAACCAGGCCACUCACUUCUCUGAAGUUCCAUGUCAGGAAGCGUCCAUAAAUCAGUAUAUUGAACUACAGAGGGUCAGGCCUAGUUACCUGUCCUUCAGUGUGGAAAUAAAUAUCUCAUAGCCAAAUGUCUUCCUUUAGCCAUGAUGCUUCCCCUUGUUCUGGAGACUUUUCCCUGGAACUGCUUCCCAGGAAACCCUUGGGCACUUUGCCACUUGAUUGGUGGGGUAGGGACUGGCAAGGCUGCUGGGUUUGCUCUGGUUUCCGGAGAUGGUUGGGAGGGUUCCCCCUUCCGGCUCAGGGCCGCACCCACCGGCCUCACUGAGGUCUCUGUCCCCGAGAUUGUGGAGUGUUUCCUCUUCCUGUUUCAGGCCAGCGUCUGUGGGCUCCGUGCCAAGGUCUCUGUCCCCAAGAUUGUGGGAUAUUUUCCUCUUCCUGCUUGAGGCUGGCAUCUUUGGGCCCCGCAAGCUUGGCGUGGGGCCAGAGGGGAGGCUGGGCCAGGGCCCACACACAUUCCUACGCACAGGCCGGCACCUUCCACACCGGGAGAUAUUUUAACCCUGUAUAUACUUUUUAGAGAUUCUUUUAAACUUUCUGAAGUGCUUAUGUACAUAUUUUAGUGUACACACUUUUGUGAAGAUUUAAAAGGGAGGGGACUUGUCCUGCUAUGAAGCGAAGCCUGGUUCCCUGUUUACAUUGUCCUGUGCGGUGCUGCCCACAGGGACCAUUCUAUCUGGAGUCACAUGGCCGCUGUAGGCUUGGUGGUACUGGGCAGGAGGUUAGGUGUCUUGGAUUGGCCAGCCAUUUCUGCUUUGCAGUUGUGACGAGCAGGUUGAGUGGAUUCACCCAUGAUGAAGACGGCAGCUGCGCUGUGACAGUGCUGACCCUGCCUCUCCCCUCAUCUGAGCUCACAGAGAAACCUUCAUUCCAGCGGUCACCACGCCCAUCAGCCCCAAGGGUGCUGGGCCGCCUCCCACUCAGAUAGGGAGCAAGGGAGAGAGAGUGCACACAGAUGCCAGGCGGCCCAGCUCGAGUACAGCCAGUGGUCAGUGCAGCCUCACUGGCUUCCAGAAGGACGUUUGGUUCAGAGUAGCCAUGCCUCUGCGCCUUGCUCCCAGAGUUGCACUUUGGUCUAUUAAGUGGACAGAAGAGGAGGGUGCACGCCCGCCCAUCCCUGGCCAAGCCGAGUUAGGCAAGGCCACCAUCCUGGCCCGCCCUUCCUCCUGCAGAUCGGAGCUGAGUUCCACAUGCAGCAAGGUCUGAGUGCGUCCAAAGACGCCACUGUAGGCCCCUCAGUGUUUGUGGCCUGAGAGUGCCCUGCCCCCUCCCUCCACCUGCCCAUCAGGAACCUGAGAGCACUGGCCAGUAUAGGGCCAGCGCCAGGGCCACGGGGGCCCAUCCCUGUCCUUGGCCUGCGUGCCCACACCCACCUGGGUCCCGCACUCUGGGAGGCGAUGCUUGGACUGGCCAAGGUAGGGGAGUCCUGAGACCUCUGAGCCUUUAGGUCCAGGAGAGAGAGGAGUUUGGAAUUCCCAUCAGACAAAACAAGUGUCAACCAAGGUGCAAAGCAGCAUGAUAUUAGAAUGAUCUAGAACACUUUGGAUUUUUGAAGUGAAUUCUUAGUAUUUCAUAUUGUUAAUAUCUUGAAGAUUUAUUAAAUGUUGUUGAAAGCCUUAUUACUAUUUUCAGAUACUUUGAAUAAA